GUCAAGCCCUACAUCUAUCACAAUUCAUCGGCUCAACGGUGAAAAUUAUAUGCAAUGGUCAUCUAGUGUUCGGUUAUAUAUUAUGGGCAAAGGCAAAUAUGGAUACUUGAUUGGUUCUGUCCAGAAACCAGCCGAAGGUGAUGAAAAGUAUCCUACUUGGGAAGCUGAAAAUUCCAUGGUGCAAGCUUGGUUGAUAAACUCCAUGACAACUGAAAUCAGUGCUCACUUCACAUUUUUCCAGACUGCAAAAGAGGUCUGGGACGCUGCAAGGGACAUGUUCGCUGCACUGAAGAACAAAGCUGCCAUUCUAGAAAUAGAAAGAUUUCUUCAUGAUUUCAAAAAGGGAAGUCUUUCUAUAACCCAGUACUACACUGACCUAGUCAUUCAAUGGCAACAGCUGGACAUGUAUGAAUCUUAUGAUUGGAAGUGUACUGGAGAUGCAGCUCUCUAUGCAAAGAUAAAAGAAGAGAAAAGGGUCUUUAAGUUCCUACUCGGAUUGGAUGACAGGUUUGAAGAAGUCCGAGGAAGAAUAAUGGGACUCAGCACAUUGCCACCUCUAAGGGAAGUAUUCUUCACUGUUAGGAAUGAAGAAAGCAGAAAAAGACUUACUUCCACCGAAUUGAGGAAUGAACCAAGUCAACCGAAUGCCCUUAUGUCAAAAGGGGGUCCCCAAGAUGACUCCAGAAAACAGAGCAAAUGGUGCGACCAUUGCAGAAAAAGAGGCCACACUAGAGAGGUGUGUUGGAAACUACAUGGGAAACCUUUGAAAAAAGGGAGACAGGAUGGCCGAGGCUUUGUUGGAACAACUGAUAACAAGAAAGAACCAGAAUUCAGCAAAGAAGAACUGAAUCUACUCAGAAAAUUCCUGGAAAAACAUGAUGCCCAGGAAACAACCCUUGCUGCAGGUUAUGUUGCCCACACAGGAUCUGAAGCGAGGGAAGAUGAUUGGCACAGCUAAGAUCCUAGAAGACCUCUACUGUUUGGAAGUUCAAGAGAAUCAACACAAAGGAAAUAUCAUCAAGUCUGUGACACAUUCCUCUGUUUUUUCUGCUACUUCAGAAAAUAAAGAUGCUUUGUUAUGGCAUUAUAGACUAGGGCAUCCUCAUUUUCAUUAUUUGUCCAAGUUAUUUCCUCAA